GCAAUCAUGGUGCCGCUGGGGAGGGGAGAAGCUGCUUCUGCCGCUGUUGCCGGGAACCGCGGAGACAGGUCAUUAUCUUUUCAUUUCUCACAAUUGGGCUGAGCAAGAUUGAACCAUGGGGGAACACAGUCCAGACAACAACAUCAUUUACUUUGAGACAGAGGAAGAUGACCUGACCCCCGAAGACAAGAUGCUCAGGUUUGUGGAAAAAAACGGACUGGUGCCUUCCUCAUCUGGAACUGUUUAUGAUAGGACAACUGUUCUUAUUGAGCAGGACCCUGGCACUUUGGAGGAUGAAGAUGAUGAUGGACAGUGUGGAGAACACCUGCCUUUUCUAGUAGGGGGUGAAGAGGGCUUUCACCUAAUAGAUCAUGAAGCGAUGUCCCAGGGUUAUGUGCAACACAUUAUCUCACCAGAUCAGAUUCAUUUAACAAUAAACCCUGGUUCCACACCUAUGCCAAGAAAUAUUGAAGGUGCAACCCUCACCCUGCAGUCAGAGUGUCCGGAAACGAAACGUAAAGAAGUAAAGCGGUACCAGUGCACCUUUGAGGGCUGUCCCCGCACCUACAGCACAGCAGGCAACCUGCGCACCCACCAGAAGACUCACCGAGGAGAGUAUACCUUUGUCUGUAACCAGGAGGGCUGUGGCAAGGCCUUCCUCACCUCCUACAGCCUCAGGAUCCAUGUGCGAGUGCACACGAAGGAGAAGCCAUUUGAGUGUGACGUGCAGGGCUGUGAGAAAGCAUUCAACACACUGUACAGGCUGAAAGCACAUCAGAGGCUUCACACAGGGAAAACGUUUAACUGUGAAUCUGAAGGCUGCAGCAAGUACUUCACCACACUCAGUGAUCUGAGGAAGCACAUUCGAACCCAUACAGGAGAAAAGCCAUUUAGGUGUGAUCAUGAUGGCUGUGGGAAAGCAUUUGCAGCAAGUCACCACCUUAAAACUCAUGUCCGUACACAUACUGGUGAAAGACCCUUUUUCUGUCCCAGUAAUGGCUGUGAGAAAACAUUCAGCACUCAAUACAGUCUCAAAAGUCACAUGAAAGGUCAUGAUAACAAAGGACACUCUUACAAUGCACUUCCAAACCACAAUGGAUCAGAGGCACAGGGCCAGGAUCUCAGCACAGUUUCACCAGUGAUCAUCUUUGCCUCACUAUUCCAAGAUUCAGAUGAUGCAGCAAUUCAGGAAGAGCCUCAGCAAACAGCUGCCUUGAUUGAAAGUUUUAAUGGUGAUGCAGAGUCAGUCAGCGAUGCUCCACCAUCCACGGGAAAUUCAGCAUCUUUAUCUCUUCCACUUGUACUGCAGCCUGGCAUCUCUGAGCCACCCCAGCCUCUACUCUCAGCCUCAGCACCGCCUGCUCCUCCGCCCGCUCCCUCCCUAAGAACUGGUUCCCAGCAAGCUGCUUUUGGCAACCCCCCUGCUCUCUUACAACCUCCAGAAGUGCCUGUUCUCCACAGCACACCAUUUGCUGCUAAUCAUCAAGAGUUUCUCCCGCACCCCCAGGCACCACAACCCAUCGUACCUGGACUUUCUGUUGUUGGUGGGGCUUCUGCAACAGCAACAGCAGUGGCAUCAGCUGUGGCAGCACCACCCCAACCACAAAGUACUACUGAGCCCCUGCCGGCUGUGGUCCAGACUCUGCCCCUGGGUGCCAACUCCGUUCUAACUAAUAAUCCCACUAUAACCAUCACCCCUACUCCCAACACGGCUAUCUUGCAGUCUAGCCUAGUCAUGGGAGAACAGAACUUACAAUGGAUAUUAAAUGGUGCCGCCAGUUCACCACAAAAUCAAGAACAAAUUCAUCAAGCCUCUAAAGUUGAGAAUGUGUUUUUUACCACUGCAGUACCAGUAGCCAGUAGCACAGGGAGCUCUGUACAGCAGAUUGGCCUCAGUGUUCCCGUCAUCAUCAUCAAGCAAGAGGAGGCAUGUCAGUGUCAGUGUGCUUGCCGGGACUCUGCCAAGGAGCGGGCUGCCAGCAGGAGAAAGGGCUGCUCUUCAUCACCCCCUCCAGAGCCGAGCUCUCAGCCUCUUGAUGGGCCCAGCUUGAAGCUACCACCACAGACUUUCUCCUCCCCUCCGGUACCCCUCUCAUCAUCCUUCACCUCCACCAUAUCCUCUUCCUGUGAGCAAAGUAGAAAAGCAGAGACUCCGUCAGACCCCCAGACAGAAACGCUAAGUGCCAUGGAUAUAUCUGAGUUUCUGUCCCUCCAGAGCCCGGAAACCCCAUCUAAUCUGAUUCCUAUUGAAGCACUACUGCAGGGGGAUGAGGAGAUGGGCCUGACCAGCAGUUUUUCUAAGUGAAAGGCCCAGAUGCGCUCACUUCCAGGAAAAGAGGAUAAGGUGUGAUGCCUACCAUCAUGGGGUCAGCAGUUUGAAAGAUGAAGAAAUCUACUGUUUGAAAUCCUCACCUUUCAGAUGUGUUUUCUUUGUUCAUAUCCCAGGAGCAUCCAUUUUAAUGAACUGACCUUUUGGGGAAAAAAAUAACCAACAAAACAAAACAAAAAAAGCUAAGUUAUAAAUGAACUGUUUGGCUGCACUGUAUGUCACUUUUGCUUAUUGUCAUGUGAACGUGGAAAAUUAAGGUUACUCGUGCGCAUAAAAUUUCUAAAUGAAAGGGUGUGUUUUCCAUCACUCUGAUGCUGCCCAUCACUUGCACUGGGGUCUUUUGUGGUUUGGGCAGCGGAUUCAAAGUCUGGUGUUGCUCCUCCCUGUGUGUCUUGAGUCUAAGGCUGAAGCUGGCUUGGAAAGUCGACCCUUGCUUUAUCAGAGAGGGCACUUGUAAAGGCAAGUCAGGACUGCAGGGAGUUUGGAUAGGGAUUGGGCAAGGUGGUCAUGUUGUUUGUGCUUGGUGGCAGUGGAGCUCAGGGUGACGAUGGCAGGCUCUUGUACAGCCUGCUUCAGUACAAAUGGGCCACUAAAAGUCUAGCCCAAGGCUGCAAGGUGAGCUAGUUCUGCAAGUUGUUGACUGCUCUCUGUGGAAGAAAUGUGGGCAGAGCAGGCUUUCUAACAUGAUUACAUUCUGAACCUUCCUGACUCUAUGGCUCAGUUGUUGGCCAGGGUUUGUAGCUUGAUCACAGUGGAUAUGCUUGGAAACAUCUUGUUUUGUCCUAAAUUGAACACAUGGCUUAUGUCAGUGCUUGUUGGUGGUCUGCCUUUCUUUAAUGGUAUUUUCUUCAUCAGAGAAGAGGAGCUGCAUUUUUGCUUAGUAGUGCGGCUUUAAGGGGAUUGAAGAUAACAUGUAGUUGGCAGGCCAAGUGUUUAGGUUUGGGCCAGGCUUCCAGGUGCCCUGCCCUCUCUCUUCCACCUUUAUACCCACUGGAUUUUUGCAUAUAGCCUUCUACAGUGCAAAAAAGGAUGUGACUUGUUUAGGUUAGUUACAUGAUUUUUAAACAAAAACAAAUAUAAAAAAAAAAAGAAAAAAAUACGAAACGAUGAUCUUCUACUCAGGGUAAAACAAAAAAAUUUCCCCUUCCACCAAAAAGCCUGAAAUGUUGCAAUAAGUUAUUUCAUUUGGAAUGUUUCAUUAAGUUGUGUUAUAGGGAAAAAUGUUUUUGAUCUGUGUAUAGAACUAUUUCUGUCCGUCUUAGCUCCAAGUCAUUGCCUCUUAAAAUAAAGCAUACAAUACAAUCCACACACAAAUAUAAAGUUUCUCUCACCUGGAUGUUACUGUAAUAGUGAGUGUUCACCAGACUCACUGAACUCACAAACUAGGCAUACCUAGAUUGAGAGGAGGCCUCUGCCUUGAGCAAGUGGCAAGCUUCCAUAGACAGGAUGCUCUUCUGAUACAUCAGGCAGAAAGAAACUAACACUUGGCCUUCCUUUUCUACUUCUUAAUGUAAAGAGAUCUUUAUUUGUCAUUCUCCUCUGAGCCAUUACUCAGGGCCAGCCAAGAGUGUCCAGAGCAUAUCAUUUACUAAGGAGAUAGUGGCUCUGCCUUUAUUCAGG